AUGGCGACCACGGUAGACAAGAUCAAGGACAUUGAGGCCGAGAUGGCCAAGACGCAGAAGAACAAGGCGACAUCGUUCCAUUUGGGUCAACUCAAAGCGAAGCUUGCUAAGCUGAAGAGAGAACUGCUCACGCCGACAUCGAGCGGUGGUGGCGGUGGUGUAGGAUUCGAUGUUGCGCGUACUGGUGUGGCAUCGGUGGGUUUCAUUGGGUUUCCCUCUGUGGGCAAGUCGACAUUGAUGUCAAGAUUAACCGGACAACACUCGGAAGCUGCUGCGUACGAAUUCACGACUCUCACGACGGUGCCUGGACAAGUGGUCUACAAUGGCGCAAAGAUUCAGAUGCUGGAUCUGCCUGGUAUUAUCCAAGGAGCGAAGGACGGAAAAGGUCGAGGUCGGCAGGUCAUUGCAGUGGCAAAGACGUGCCAUUUGAUCUUUAUCGUUCUGGAUGUGAACAAGCCGCUCACGGACAAGCGCAUCAUCGAGACCGAGCUGGAAGGGUUUGGAAUCCGGGUCAACAAGCAGCCACCGAACAUCAAAAUCACGAAGAAAGACAAGGGUGGCAUAUCAAUCACUUCGACUGUCGCACUCACACAUAUCGACAACGAUGAAGUCAAGGCAGUAAUGAACGAGUAUCGCAUGGCAAACUGCGAUAUCGCGAUCCGGUGCGAUGCUACUAUCGACGACCUCAUCGAUGUGAUCGAAGCCAAGGCGAGAGCCUACAUUCCCGUCAUUUACGCACUGAACAAGAUCGACGCGAUCAGUAUCGAGGAGCUGGAUCUUCUGUACCGAAUUCCGAACGCCUGCCCGAUCUCCUCAGAACACGGAUGGAAUGUCGACGAGCUGAUGGAGCAAAUGUGGGAAAAGCUGAACUUGCGCCGAGUGUACACGAAACCAAAGGGCAAGCUGCCGGAUUACACCGCUCCCGUGGUGUUGAGAAGUACCGCCUGCACAGUAGAGGACUUCUGCAACGCCAUUCACAAGACGAUUGUUGACCAGUUCCGCAUUGCUAUCGUCUACGGCAAGAGUGUGAAGCAUCAGCCUCAACGAGUCGGACUCUCGCACGAGCUUGGCGACGAAGACAUCAUCACUAUUAUCAAGAAGUGA